AUGGCGCUCUCCGAGCUCCCGCUCCAUCACUCCUUCCGCCUCUCGUCCCGCCCCAGCAUCCACCGCCUCCUCCCGCUCCGCCUCCUCUCCUCCCCCUCCUCACGCCACGUCUCCUCCUCCUCGUCCGCCGCGGCCGCGGCCUCGGCCUCCUCCCCUUCCUCCACCGGCGGCAAUCGCACAUCCCCACCCUCCACCAGCACGGGCGCGCCGUGGCUGCAGAAGUGGGCGCCCUCCGACCCCUCCCGUCCCGCCCCACCUCCCGCUCCCGUCCCGUCCCCGACCACGUCCAUAGACCGCAUCGUCCACCGCCUCCGUAACCUCGGCCUCGCCUCCGACGACGAUGACCCCUCCGCUGCCACGGCCGCCGCGGCGCCUCCCGACGGCACCGAGCGCCUCGGCGACCUGCUCGACCGCAGCUGGGCGCGGCCUGACCGCCAGUUCGCGGCCGCCAGCUUCGACGACGCCGUCCUCCCGUGGGAGAGGGACGACGAGCCCACGAGGCCGACGAGGGACGAGGAGGAUGGAGCCAAGAGGAGGCGGGUCAAGGCGCCCACGCUGGCCGAGCUCACGAUCGAGGACGAGGAGCUGCGCCGGCUGCGCAGGCUGGGGAUGAUGCUUCGCGACCGCAUCACCGUGCCCAAGGCGGGAGUCACCACGGCCGUCAUGGAGAAGAUCCAUGACGCCUGGAGGAAGUCGGAGCUGGUCCGCCUCAAGUUCCAUGAGGACCUCGCGCACGACAUGAAGACAGCUCAUGAGCUCGUUGAGCGACGCACAGGCGGAUUGAUCAUAUGGAGGUCUGGAAGUGUAAUGGUGGUUUACCGAGGGAGCAAUUACAAGAGGCCUCUGAAAUCUCAAACUCUAAAUGGUGCCUCAUCACCAGUGAAGGGGGAAGAAGGUGCAUUGUUCAUCCCAGAUGCCUCCAGCCCUGUUGAGAAUGAUGUUCAGGGAAAGGAUUUGGCUGCGCAGCAUGCAAACAUGUCCCAGUUGAACACGCAGAAUACUGAGGACAUGACAGAGGAAGAUCUGGAGUUCAAUCAGAUGCUUGAUGAGCUGGGUCCUCGUUUUGUGGAUUGGUGGGGAACGGGUAUCUUACCAGUGGAUGCUGACUUGCUGCCUCAAACGAUCCCUGGUUAUAAAACGCCAUAUAGAGUUCUUCCGACUGGAAUGCGUUCGACGCUUACCAACGCAGAGUUGACUAACUUGCGAAAGUUAGCGAGGAACCUUCCAUGCCAUUUUGCUCUAGGGAGGAACCGGAAUCAUCAAGGUUUGGCAGCAGCAAUUGUUAAGCUCUGGGAGAAGAGUUUGGUGGUGAAAAUUGCUGUCAAACGUGGAAUACAGAACACAAAUAACAAGAUAAUGGCUGAAGAAAUAAAGAAUCUAACAGGGGGUACCUUGCUUCUUCGAAAUAAAUUUUACAUUGUAAUAUAUCGUGGAAAAGACUUCCUCCCAACAUCUGUGGCAGCUGUGUUGGCUGAAAGAGAGGAGUUGACAAAGGAUAUUCAGAAUAUGGAGGAGCAGAGAAGAAACGUUUUGAUUGCACAACCUCCGGAUGAUGGCUUAGAUAGGCAUGCUCUUGUGGGUACUCUUGCUGAGUUUCAGGAGGCCCAAGCUCGUUGGGGAAGAGAAGUAACUGCUAAGGAGCAAGAAGAAAUGAAAGAAGCUUCUUCUAGAUCAGAAAAGCAAAAGCUUUACAGGAAACUCGAACACAAGCUUUCCAUUGCUCAGGCAAAAAUACAUAGAGCGGAACGCUUACUAUCAAAAAUUGAAGCUUCUAUGGUACUUGCCGAUCCAUGUGAUGAUCAAGAAAUGAUUACAGAUGAGGAAAAGUCUGUUUUCCGUAGGAUUGGUUUACGGCUUAAGUCAUAUUUGCCACUUGGAGUUCGUGGCGUUUUUGAUGGUGUAAUUGAAAAUAUGCACUUGCAUUGGAAGCACAGGGAAGUUGUCAAAUUAAUUUCAAAGCAGAAGACUUUGUCAUUCGUUGAAGAGACGGCACGACUUCUUGCAUAUGAGAGUGGUGGUAUACUAGUUGCCAUUGAAAGAGUUCCAAAGGGUUAUGCACUCAUUUUUUACCGUGGAAAGAACUAUAGGAGGCCUAUUAACAUAAGGCCAAGAAACCUCUUAACAAAAGCUAAGGCAUUGAAACGUGCAAUUGCUAUGCAACGUCAUGAGGCCCUUAGUCAGCAUAUAGAUCAACUGGAAAGCAAUAUCAAGCAGACGAAGUUGGAUCUGGGUAUUGAGGACUAUGAGGAACAAGAUGAUGAUAGCUCAGAUUCAGAAAAUGAAUAUGGCAUGGCAGUCACCUCUGGUAGCCAUGAUGAGGAUCAAGAUGAUUUUGAUGAAUCAGCUGAUGAAGAUGAUUACGAUGACAACAUUGAAGAUGAGGAGAUUGACAAAUAUUGA